AUGGAUCAACUGAAACCACCCAUAGCCUUAAGUAUAGAGGGAAAUGUUUCCGAGAAUUGGAGAAAAUGGAAACAAAAAUUCCAGUUUUACUUGGACGCUACUGAGUUCAAUGAAAAGGCAGAAAAGUUGCAAUGCUCGCUGUUACUUCAUUGUAUUGGAGAAGAUGCCGUGGAAGUAUUCAACACAUUUAAUUUCGUGGAAGAUGAAAAGGACAAAAUUGCACCAUUGCUAUUAAAAUUUGAGCAAUUUUGCAAUCCGAUAAAGAACCAGACUUACGAACGAUACAAAUUCCACACGUGUUCGCAAAGUGAAGGAGAAGAAAAUAUAGACCACUAUGCCACAGAGCUAAAAAACAGAGCCAAAACAUGUGAAUUUGGACAGUUAUGCGACAGUUUUGUAAGAGACAGGAUAGUAUGUGGUAUACUAAGUGACAAUGUUCGCGAAAGAUUACUAAGAAUUCCAGACUUGACACUCGCAAAGUCAAUAGAUAUAUGCCGCGCAUCGGAAGUUUCAAAACAACAAUUAAAAUCUAUAACAGAAGAUGAAAAAACAGUUCACGCAAUGAGGAAAGACUACAAAUCAGGACACAAACCAAAAGUGAAACAACAAUACAGAGAUUAUAGAAAAGACAACCCAAAAGGCCAGAAAUACGAUUGCAAGAAAUGCGGAAUGCAACAUCUACCUAGAAGUUGUCCAGCUUACGGAAAAACGUGUAACCAGUGUAAAAAGCCGAAUCAUUUUAAGAAAAUGUGCAAAAACAGAAGAAUAAAUGCUAUUGAGGAAGAAAGCGACAGCGAAGAUGAAUUAUACAUUGGAUGUAUCGAAAAUCAGAAGAAAAGUGAAAAUUCUUGGAUGGUUAAUUUGAAUCUGAAUGGAAAAAAUCAGAAGUUCAAAUUGGAUACGGGUGCGCAAGCAAAUGUAAUUCCGUACAAAGUAUUGAAAUUGGUGAAAGGAGAUACCAAAAUUAUUCCAAGCAAAACAAGAUUAGUCACAUAUUCAGGUGAAAAAAUGGAUGUGCUAGGGAAAUGUUACAUAAAUGUAUCUCACAAAGAUAAAAUUGAAAGAAUGGAAUUUGCAGUUGUUAAUUUCAAUGCUCAAUGUAUCUUAGGAUUAAGUGCUUGUGAAAAAUUAAAUCUAAUUAAUAGAGUUAUGUCAGUUGAGAAAAGUGCUGAAUCUAUUUUGAAAGAAAAUAGUGAUUUAUUCGAUGGAAUAGGGGAAUUAGAAGGAUAUCAUCAUAUUGAAUUAGAUAAAUCAAUCAAUCCGGUUAUUCACCCACCACGUAGAGUACCGAUUGCUCUGCAAGAUAGAUUAAAAUCAGAAAUAGAGAGAAUGGAAAAAUUAGGCAUUGUGGAAAAAGUGGCACAACCUACUGAAUGGGUUAGUUCAAUAGUAAUUGUAGAAAAGGCAGAUGGUAAAUUAAGGAUAUGUUUGGAUCCUAAAGAUCUUAAUCGAGCAAUAAAGAGAGAACAUUUCAUAUUGCCGAGACAGGAAGAAAUAACCGCUAAGUUAGCAGGAGCAAAAUAUUUUAGUAAGCUUGAUGCUUCAAGUGGAUUUUGGAACAUCAAAUUAGACGAGGAAAGUUCUAAUUUAUGUGCAUUCAAUACACCAUUCGGAAGAUUUAAGUUCUUAAGAUUACCGUUUGGAAUCAAAUCUGCUAGCGAAGUGUUUCACAAAGCCGUAUGCAAAAUUCUUCAUGGAUUAAAUGGUGUCGAAUCAUUUAUUGAUGAUAUAUUAGUGUGGGGAUGUACAAAAGAAGAGCACGACAAGAGAUUAAAAGAGGUUCUAGAACGAAUCCGUACCGCAAAUUUGAAGUUAAGGCGUGAUAAAUGUGAAAUGGGAAUUUCUGAAGUGACAUAUUUCGGUCACAGGUAUACACGAGAAGGAUUGAAAAUCGACGACAACAAAGUGAAAGCGAUAACCGAAAUGAAAUCACCGACCACCAAAAAAGAACUUGAACGAUUUCUUGGAAUGGUGACGUAUAUAGCAAAAUUCGUACCAAAUUUCUCAUCAAACACAGCAGUAUUGAGGGAUUUACUGAAAAAGGAUGUACCGUUUCAAUGGGACGAUAAUCAUGAUAAAACAUUUAAAGAUCUGAAAACAUUGAUCACAAACUCUCCAGUGCUAAGAUAUUUCAACAGUACAAAGCCAGUGAAGUUAUCCGUAGAUGCAUCACAAAAUGGACUAGGUGCUGUACUAUUACAGAAAGAGUUGCCAAUCGAAUAUGCAUCGAGGGCAUUGACUACAUCGCAGAAAAAUUGGGCACAAAUAGAAAAAGAGCUAUACGCCAUCGUAUUCGGGUGUGAAAGAUUUCAUCAGUAUGUAUACGGAAGGACAAUUGAGGUAGAAACAGACCAUAAACCUCUAGAAGCAAUAUUCAAAAAGCCACUAGUAAACGCGCCUCCCAGAAUACAAAAACUUAUGUUACGACUUCAGAAGUAUGACAUUAAUGUAGUGUACAAACCAGGAAAAUUGAUGUACAUAUCAGACACUUUGUCAAGAGCUUACCUUAAUGAGUUCGACAACUCAUGUGACAAGGACAUAGAUGCACAAGUACAUUUAUUGGUAAAACAUGUGUCCGUAUCAGAGUCAAAAAUGGAUGAAUUCCGAAGAGAAACAGACUGUGACGAUGCAUUAACAGAGCUAAAGAAAACUGUAAAGGACGGAUGGCCCGAGAGCAAGUCCGAAAUAAACGACAAAAUUAAACCAUAUUGGGACUACAGAGAAGAAAUUCAUGAAGCACAAGGAUUAGUGUUCAAAGGAGAAAAAAUAGUAGUGCCGUUUGCUUUACGAAAAGAAAUGCUGCAGAGAAUUCACGAGGGGCACCAAGGCAUAGAAAGAUGUAAAAACAGAGCAAGGGAUGUUUUGUUCUGGCCCGCAAUGUCAAAACAAAUAGAAGACAUUGUCCAAAGGUGUGAGAUAUGCAAGCGAUUUCAGAACUCAAAUGCAAAAGAACCAAUGAUUAAAGCCGAAUUACCAUCGCGACCGUGGGAGAAAGUAGCCACAGACGUGUUUGAUUUUAAAAACAGACAGUAUUUAUUAAUUGUGGACUAUUAUUCAAAGUUUUUUGAAGUUAGUAUCCUGAACAAUUUGACCAGUGAUACAGUCAUGAUGAACAUGAAGUCCAUAUUUGCAAGACAUGGCAUUCCAGAAGUACUUGUAUCUGACAAUGCAAGAUAUUAUACAAGUUCAAAAUUCCAAGAAUUCGCGAAAUCGUGGGAAUUUAAACAUAUAACGUCGAGUCCGAGAUACCAACAAAGCAAUGGAUUAGCGGAAAGGACAGUGCAAACCGUUAAACAGCUACUAAAGAAAGCUGAUUAUGAAGGAAAAGAUCCGUAUAUGAGUAUUUUGAAUUUCAGAAAUACUCCGUUAGACAGUGACAUGCCGUCGCCAUCUCAACUAUUGAUGGGUCGCCGUUGUAAAACGAAAUUACCUAUAACGAAGAAGUUGUUGAGAACCGAAGUUCCGGAAAAUGCAAAGAAAACAUUUGUUAAAAAACAAGAGAAACAGAAACUGUAUUAUGAUAAGAAAACAAAAGAAUUAUCAAAAUUGAACGUUAAUGACAAUGUAUAUGUUCAAAGAGAAAAGCGUUGGGAACCAGCAGUCGUUGUUCAAAAAACAGACAAUUCGCGUUCGUAUAUUGUUAAAACAGAAAAUGACAAACUGUACAGAAGAAAUAGAAAACAUUUGAUGGAAAACAAAAACAAUGUUGUAAUUGAAAAUGACGAUUUAGACACUGAGCCAAUAGUGCAACCUAAUACUGUACAAAACGAAGUCAAUGAUUAUAACCGUACGCGUAGUGGACGAAUGGUGAGAAAACCAGAGAGACUAAUUGAAAACAUGAACUAG